AUGAACUUGUUCCAGUCGAAGCCGAUACCCCACCAAGUCCCUAUAAAGGAUGAAGCUGAGAUCUACAUCGUGGGAGGCCUAGGCACUGAUGCCGCUCUCUCAAAUGUCCUCCCUUCCCUCACCCGCUCGGGCAGAACCAUCCUAGAUAUCGCUUUCAUCGAGGUGUAUCCAAAAAGUAUUGUCCCAUUAAUGACAUUUACAUGGUGCUUGAAACUGAUUGGUAUGCCCCUACCACCAACUCAUACUGUCAUUAAAUCACUCCUGACUUUUUCCUUCUCACUUUUAGGACAAUUUUCGCGCCAACUGCAAAUGGAACGCGUCAGAUACGCCUUUUUAAGCACAUAUAACUUCACUAACGAGCGACAGUUCUUUUCGCCUCUCGCAGCCUUUCAGAAAUGGUUGUCAAUUGCGUGGAACACAUGUCAGAUCCCGAUAGUCAGGAAAAGGCAGUGUGGUCGGCAGAAGCCAAUGGCGUUCCAUGAGUACGUACUCAAAUGCCGGAUAACCGAGUUAGAUGGGCUGUUUGACAACGAAGCUGCUAUUUAUGAUUUCCUGGAAAAACCCCACCCGGCUGGAUACUAUCUUUUCCCCAAGUGCAUCCUAAGAGGACAAGUCGUAUGCUCGAGUCUGUUUCCGGCAGGUUACGCGAUCAUCAUGGAAUACCGGGAGGGCGAGCCACUCUGCGACAUCUGGCACAUCCUUAAUACAGCCGAACGAUCCUACGCCAUCCAUGCGCUUAGGACAAUCUCUAUCCGUCUUGGCGACCCUGGCAUGCAUAAUGUUUCUUAUGCAAGAGAGAGUAGGGCCGAUACUCUUCUCGACUUUGAGGUUGCGACGCCGCUUAUGCUAAAAAGUUUCAUUUCUACUACCUAUGUACGAGAUGAGAAAGAUAUUUAA